UUAAGACGCAAUCUCACGGUCCGAGAAAAGCCGCCUGCGUUCUCAAUUUCCCCCAAAAUACCGUUCGAAUCCUUCACUCAUUCCCCGACGGCCAACUCCAUGAAUCCGAAGAACUAGGGUUUUCGAAUUCGCAAUGGUGGGAAUCAUGGCCGCGCGUUCAAGGGAGAAGCUCGCGGGUCUCAUAGACUCGGCCAAGUUGGCGCCGGACAUACCCUCGAAGCUCGAACAACUGCGCCGGGCCAAGGACGAGUUGUCCCAGUCCGACCCGGCCUUCCUCUCCGAGUUCCUCCCUCCCCUCCUCGACCUCCACACCGAUCGGUUCGGUCCAGUUCGCAAGUUCGUCAUCGAGAUGGUUGGUGAUAUUGGAUUGAAGCAUAUAGAAUUCAUCCCUGAAAUUGUACCUGUUUUGAUUACUCUACUGAAAGAUGGAACACCAGCUGUCGCUCGACAAGCAAUCGCUUGUGGAGUUGAACUAUUUCGUUCGACUCUCCUAAAAGUUGCAAUCCAGGGUUUGUACUCAAGUGAGCUGGAUGGUUCACUUGAAUCAUCUUGGGCAUGGGUGUUGAGUUUUAGGGACAAAAUAUACUCGAUAGCUUUCCAGCCGGGAAGCGAUGGGAUAAGGUUGCCAGCCGUGAAGUUUGUUGAAGUAGUUAUUCGUCUUUAUACACCUGAUCCUGGUGGCUCUUCAGAGCCACCACUUCAUCCAGCCUCUGAAGAGAAGCUUGUGGAGUUCAAUAUAUCGUGGAUUCGUGGAGGUCAUCCUAUGCUAAAUGUUGGAGAUUUAUCAAUUGAAGCGAGUCAAAGUUUGGGGUUAUUGCUUGAUGAGCUCAGGCUCCCAAUGGUGAAUUCUCUUAGCAACUCGAUGAUCAUCGUGCUCAUCAAUAGUCUUUCAGCAAUUGCAAAGAAAAGACCUGCCUUUUAUGGUCGCAUUCUACCAGUCUUGCUUGGUUUGGAUCCCUCCAGCUUUGUGAAUAAAGGAUUUCGUGUUUCUGGAGUACAUCAUGCUUUAAAGAAUGCCUUCAUUUGCUGCUUGAAUUGUACACAUCCGGGGGCUGCACCUUGGCGGGAUCGGCUAGUUGGUGCACUGAGAGAAUUGGAAGUUGAAAAAACUCCUUGCAAAGUUGGUCAGAUCAAUGGAAGUGUGGAGCGAAAGGAUGAUUCAUCAAGUGCUCUGGAGGAGAAGUCUUCAAUUAGGGGAUGUGAGGCUGUGAAUAGUUAUACUGGGAGGAAAAGAUCUGGAGUAGAGGGUGUUAGUGAUGUUGAUGAUGAUAUGUCUGGAAAACGCAUCAGAUCAACACCUAUUGUUUCAGAGGGAUCAGAGCAAGAUUCAGAGCAAGAUUUAGAUGGAGAUCAGGUUUACAUUCCUCCUACUGGACACACAAAAUCGAGAGAUGUGGACAAUGGACCUGUGCACCAACUUGUUGCCAUGUUUGGUGCAUUGGUUGCUCAGGGUGAGAAGGCUAUCGAAUCUUUAGAGAUUCUUAUUUCUAGUAUCUCUGCAGACUUGCUAGCAGAAGUAGUUAUGGCUAAUAUGCGCCACCUUCCUCCCCAUCUCCCUAAAUCUGAAGGGCACGAAGAACCAUUGGUGAAUACGAGCUCUCAUCCAAAUAGUGUUAGCUGUGAUACCGAAUUCAAAAAUCUUUCAUCAAUUUUGACAGAAUUGCUUUCUAGUUCCGCUGCUCCUAUGCAGAUGGAUUCUUUGUUAGAUGGCAAACAUUCUUCAUGGAUUGAUAUGGAGAGUUCUCGGGGGGAUGAGGACCCGCCUGUGGUUGCAGCAGCUGAUAAUGAUUUGUUAUGUGCUGGGGUGAAUUAUGAAAAUGAAGAAGCACCAGUACCUCUACCUGUUUCUUCUUCUGCUGAAAUCCCAUCUGUUAUUCGGCCUGUGGUUGCUGUGGCUAAUAAGAGUUUUAUGCCAUCGGAAGUCCUUGACUACGGGAAUCUAGAGGGUGAGAUACCUGGUCUGGAUUCUGCUUCUCAUAGUGACGGAUUGGCUGAAACACCAACUGUUUCAUCAUUAGCACCCACUGAUUUAGAAGAUGCCAGUCAAGAGCAAGUGACUAGUGUGGGUAGGUUGUCUUUGGAAUUAAUGCCAUCGAUAUCAACUGAUAGGUCAGAGGAACUUAGUCCCAAAGCAGUCGUCACAGACGCAAGCAGCAUUAAUUCCUCAACAGCAACUUCUUUAGGACUCUCUGCUCAGCUUGUCCUGCCCAAGAUGUCAGCACCUGUUCUUGACCUUUCUGAAGAAGAGAAGGAUCAAUUGCAAAAGUUGGCAUUUUCACGCAUAGUGGAGGCUUAUAAGCAAAUAGCUACUGCAGGUGGUUCAUGUGUCCGCUUUGCUUUACUUGGCUGUUUAGGAAUUGAGUUCCCCAUUGAGGUAGACCCCUGGAAAAUACUACAAAAGCACAUAUUUUUGGAUUACACGAAUCAUGAGGGACACGAGUUGACAUUGCGCGUCCUCUACAGGCUGUUUGGAGAAGCAGAAGAGGACAGAGACUUGUUUUCCUCAACAACUGCUACAUCUGCAUAUGAAAUGUUCCUUCUGACUGUGGCAGAAACACUUCGUGAUUCUUUUCCAGCUUCUGACAAAUCUUUGAGUAGAUUACUAGGUGAAGCUCCUUAUCUACCAAAGUCUAUUUUCAAACUGUUAGAAUGCCUGUGUUGUCCUGGAAGCAGCAAUAAAGAUGGGGAGUUACAAACUGGAGAUCGAGUUACCCAAGGCCUCAGUGCUAUAUGGAGCCUGAUUUUGCUGCGGCCUCCUAUUCGGGAUGUCUGUUUAAAAGUUGCUUUACAGAGUGCUGUUCAUCAGUUGGAGGAAGUGCGCAUGAAGGCUAUACGCCUGGUGGCAAAUAAGCUUUAUCCUCUAUCAUCAAUUGCCCAACAGAUUGAAGAUUUUGGGAAGGAAAUGCUGUACGCCAUAAGCCAUGGUGAUCAUACUAUCGACAGGGUUGAUGGCAAUGGAUCUGAAUUACAAAAGGAUUCCAACUUGGAAAAACCCUCAGCAGAACAGCUAUCACUGGAGUCGGUCACCAAAAAUAUCUCCUCUGAUACUUCUGAGUCUUGCAUAUCUCAGAAAAUGUCAUCCUCUUCAUUAAGUGACGCCCAGCGUUGCAUGUCACUCUAUUUUGCCCUGUGUACAAAGAAGCACUCCCUUUUUCGUGAGAUAUUCUGUGUCUAUAAAAGCACAUCAGAUACAGUAAAGCAGGCAAUUCAUGGCCAAAUCCCAAUUCUGGUUCGCACCAUUGGCUCAUCAUCAGAACUCCUUGAAACUAUUUCAGAUCCUCCUACGGGAAGCGAGCACCUCUUGAUGCUGGUUCUGAAUACGCUGACUGAUGGGACCAUUCCUUCUUCAGAAUUAAUGUUGACCAUCAGGAAGUUAUACGAUACAAAAGUGAAGGAUGUGGAGAUUCUAGUUCCAGUACUGUCAUAUUUGCCGAAAGAUGAGGUUUUGCGGGUUUUUCGACAUCUUGUCAACCUUCCUUUGGAUAAGUUCCAAGCUGCACUUGGUCGUAUUCUGCAGGGUUCAUCUCAUUCUGGGCAAGUUCUCUCUCCUGCUGAAGUGUUAAUUGCUAUUCAUGGGAUUGAUCCUGACAGAGAUGGAAUACUCUUGAAGAAGGUCACGGAUGCAUGCAAUGCUUGUUUUGAGCAACGGCAGAUAUUCACCCAGCAAGUUCUUGCUAAGGUCUUGAAUCAAUUGGUUGAGCAGAUUCCUCUACCCUUAUUGUUCAUGCGUACAGUCUUACAGGCUAUUGGUGCUUUUCCAGCCCUGGUGGAAUUUAUCAUGGAAAUCCUCUCACGUCUUGUAAGCAAGCAGAUUUGGAAAUACCCGAAGUUGUGGGUAGGAUUCUUGAAGUGUGCCCAUUUAACCAAGCCUCAGUCUUUUAGUGUGUUGCUUCAGCUACCUCCGACACAGCUUGAAAAUGCUCUCAAUAAAAUGGCAGCACUUAGAGCCCCAUUGAUUGCUUAUGCUAGCCAGCCAAAUAUACGAUCUCCACUCCCGAGGUCUGUGUUGGCGGUUCUUGGAAUUGUAUCAGAACCUCAAAAUUCAAGUCAGGCACAAACAACUCCAGCUCAUACUGGAGACGUAGGUGAUUCAGAUAUGGAGGCAGUGACUGAAAAGUCCAAGGAGUCAUCAAGUGGGAACUAGCUUGAGUUAAAUGUGCAUCUGCAUUCUCGGCAGGGAUGAUGAGAAAACAAAAUACGUGAAUUCAGUGGAACGCAAGCAUACAUGUAAUGUAAGUCAUUUUCAGGCUUCUUGACUCGGGGGUUAUGCCUCGUACCUUGACAUUGCUGCUAUUACGGCAUGUUUCCAAUCUAGGAAGUUUUGCCAGAGUUCUUCAAGUGCGACAAGUAAUUUAACGUCUGACUGUUGCAAAUUUGUCUAAGUACUGUAAAGGUGCAAGUGUCUUGUACAUUUAUGUUAUAGUAGUAGAGUUCUCGUAGUGUUGUAAAGAAAUUACUUUCGGAAAUGUGCCUUGUGCAAUGAGGUAGCUGGAAUUAUUUUAGUCUUCUACUUUUGUUUCCUUGUUAUUUUUGGUUUCCUUAA